AUGCAUCCUGUUGUGUGCGUCAAGCUGCGGGUUCCUUUGCUGGCUUUUCUGCUGUUGGUGCACACUCCCAGCACCGUCCAACAUGGGGUGCCAGUGCAGAACGAUGCGGAAUGCAAGCGGCAUCAGAGGCAACAUCAGGAUCCGUACGCUCCUAUCUCUCGGGUUUUGUUGCUGCCUUCGGUGCUGUCAGCAUGCAGCGGAUCCCACCACAACAUUACACAGUGCUCUGGGUGCGGCACCAAAAAGUUAGCUGCCAUGCAGCUGGGGCAAGAGCCAACAGCCGAGCAGAGAAGAGCCUGCCAAAGCACUGUGGGCUCUUCUGCUGUGGUGGCUCAGUGCGAGUUCGGGGGCAAGUGUUGGAGUCUGGGGAAGAGCCACCUGCAGCAAAAGAGACUGCGGCGCUCAGACAGGCUUUGCUCUGCUCAGCUGUCGCGGCUCUUCUCCGGACUCUCGGCCCCGGACUCUCGGCCUGGCGCCCCGAGAGCCCGGUGCCCUGGUGCCGUGCACCCCUAGUGCCAACGGUUAAGACGGCCCUGCUCCUGUAUAGGAUAUAGCCAGUGCCAGAUUUAUGUAUAGGCUAGGCAGGCUGAAUCCUAGGGCCUCUAAAUCUAGGGGGCCUCACCAGCCUGCCCACUCCCCAGCAGGCAACCUCCCCUCUCCCAAAAUUGCAAACCCAAGACCCAAUAAAGGGGGUGGCACUUAUUGGAAAUCAGUUUUGUCACCUCCCCCCCAAACCGCGGGACAAUUAGCCUAGCCACCUUUUAUUCACAGUCGCAUAAGCACUACACUACAGUAUGGCCAUAAACAUGUACGUUCAACCGCUGAAAUACACACCCAAUAUGUAGCAAUGGAGAUUUAUGUUACUGCUUUACGAAUGAACACUGUGUUCUGUUAAUGGAUUCUGUAUUUUUGGAAUUACCUAAGAGCCACCAAUAGGGAGCUCUAGAAUCUGAAAGUUAGCUGGGAGCUCUAGAAUCUGACAGUUAGCUGCCAUGCAGCUGGGGCAAGAGCCAACAGCCGAGCAGAGCAAGCGGCAUUGGAGGCAACAUCUCCGGACAAGAUCCGUACGCUCCUAUUGGUCAGGUGAGAGUCAUAUGCCUUGUCAAUCCCAGCAGGUAUACAGCAGGAAGACCCAGGCCAAUGGCCUGCCCAAGCGGGAGCAGCAAGCGUCGGCAGGCAGUGGUGACAUGGGCAUGGACAGCAUGGCAGGGGGGCUUGCCCUGCCUCCCUUCUUCCCUGGGUCAGCUGGCCAGGCACCCUCACCAGUGCUCAGGCUGGCCCCCCUGGGGCCCUAUGUCGUCCCCCCCUCAGGAAUGCCCUGCCUCCUCUGGAUUGCCUUCCCCUGUUCUGCUUCUGGGCUGCUCUGUGCCACACAGGAGAAGGAGGGAUGUGGCUGGGGGGAGGCAGGAGACUGAGGAAGGAAGAGAGAUGGGAAGACAAAGGCGGGGGAGAAAAUAUAGAGGGGACUGUGCCCCACAAGAACAUUAAUGGAGACGGCCCACGGACCCCUGUCCCCUAGAGUGGAUGCUUAUGCCAGGAAAAUACAAUGUCCUUCUUCUUUCCCAGGGCCAUGGUUUGGGAGAGCAGCUUAAGGCUCCGGCCAAGCAGCAGCAGCAGCAUCCCAGCGGUGCCAGGGGGAAACCCAGAAUUUGCAGGUAUGCUGUGACCUUCUAUGGCAGGGGAAGUGCUUCCCAGUCAUCUUGCCAGCUGGAGGAGGAAGGCCUGAUUUAGAUAUUCCUAUAGUUUUACGGAAAGUGUUUCUUUGUGGUCCACCUGGGCAGGACAAGGGGCGGGAUUCUCUCCCGUGCCAAAACCACAUCCCAAUAUUGGGCCAGGGCAGUUUUAGGAUGGCAUGACCAGGGCGCUCACACUGGGCACCACGCUGCAGAGGGUGCCAAUACAAUGUGGAAGAACAAGAGGGAGGCAUGCCGAAUUUUAGGGUCGCACAGGGCACUGUUGACAUUUGACAACCCAAAGUUCACCCUUGGUUGGGCACAGUUCCAGAUUAAAACCUGUGGAGGUCCCUAGGUAAUAAAAAUCUUGUGGGGCCCUCACAGAUUAUCACCUGAUACGUCUUUGAUUUCACCAACCAACCAACAAUAUUAAUAAUCCAAUUUUAUUACACAAAACAAAGAGUAUUUAUUUUGAUCCGUUGUUGCCCAGUGCAGACUUCUGCUCUCCUCUCACUUCCUGUACCCUUUGUUUUCAGCGCCAGUGUGGACAUUUUGAUACAGCAUGUACAUCAUGUCUGGCUGAUGUAUAUGGGCAAGAUGCACAAACAGGAUCCAACAUGGCUGCCCCACAAGCACUGCGUGUCUCUGCCUUAUCGAUGGGCUCAAUAUGCUCCCAACCCACCAGGGUCCCCAAGGAAACAGCACAAAACAGUUUGUGAGACUGAGGCAUCUGAUCAAGAUCUGCUUUGAGCUUAAAAAAUAUAUUUGUAGAUAUUUUUAUCUCUCAUGCCAGGGAAGAUCAGCUGAAUACUCUGGCAGCUGUUCAAGGGGCCCCACUGCUAUAAAUAAAAGUAUUUCAAGGUUGUAAAAGGAAAUUAGAGCCAGAGAGCAAAAGGUCACACUGACCAGAAUACAAUCAAGCUGUAAAAACACAAUUAAGAACUGGUAAAUAGUGAAAUUUAUUGUUUAACAGAAGACUCGAGCCAUAAGGUUAAAGGUUAAAUGGAAGAGGUUGCUCUUAGAAACAGCUGCUGGAUAGGGAAAAAGGUUUCUUUAUAGAACUUAGGAACUUAGCUUUCACUAAGUUCCUUCUAAUUUGAAAAGGCCUUUCCUUCUAAAAAUCUAUCUAUGUUAUGUAUGAAAUAUAUUGGCUUAAAUGUAAUUAUGCAAAGGAUUUAGAAAGUAAGAAAUGUUAGAUUCUUAUGUUAGAUUCCUAUUAUGGUGGGUGAGAAUGUGAACUCAAGAUCUCUUUAAGAUAAAAAAAUUAGAAACCAUGCACCAUCUGCUUUAGCCAUCUGGUUUGCGGUGAAUAGGGCAACAGGGGCCAAAGGUUAUCUGGUAAUUGAGGUGCCUGGUCGAGGUAAAUGUAAGAUAUAUGGCUACUUGUCUGCCAUUUAUGGAUACAAGGAAAUAUAGCUUUUUGUCUCCCAUAAAAGGGAAUAGGAAAUGGGUGUAUCUUUUAUGAUUGGUUCUAGCAAACAACCAAUAGGAAUUUCAACCAGGCUGAUUGGACAGAGGCAGCCAAAGGAGGAGCAAGGGGGCUGGGCUGAGGAAAUAUAAGUGCUGGCCAUCAGGGCUGGAGUAGGCAGAGCUUUGGUAUCCAUAUACCACUGUGUCUCUCAUUUAUUUGUCUGACAAAUAAAUUAUUAUUUUAAUUUCUCUAUUGCUGCGUUGAAUAUUUCAUUCCAGCUAAGCGUUAACCACAAGCAGGGUGCUACAUUUUAUGGUGCCUCUGUGACUCGGAUAAGUGGUCUGCUGGAACGCAGCCCCUUCGCCCUAGCGGGCAGGGUACAAGAGGGAGGACCACUGACCGCUUACCCAGCGCGCACUGGAACAUUUUUCCAGGGGAACGCAGAAGUCUCGUCUGUCUGAUACCCUGCUCACUGGCGGCGACGGACCGGGGGUAACCAGAGAAAUAAACAGGGAACCAGCUAAGGGUAAGUGCACAAAGGGGUUGUGGCCCUCCAAUUAAUUGGGAGGAAGAGAAGUCUUGAUCAAACUUCUGCGUCUCAGUAAGGGGAACUGAGUACGCUAGGUGGUUGGGUACAUCAGAUGGUGGUCUGGUGGAGGGAAAAGGGAAAGAUUGGGAGGUAGAGUGUGGUGAAGUAUCCAGCGCAUUGUAUGUGUGAGAAAGUACAAUCUGUAGCUGACCUGAGUGUGGAGUGGGUAGUACUUCGGUUCCUAGUAAGGCGACUUCACUAGGCAAGGAUCCCCACGAAGCGUGUGUGUGAGUGACUGAGUGGAUACUUCACAGGGCCAUACAAUGGGAGUUGGAGGUUCAAAGGGGGAAAUACACCUCUUGAAUGUAUGUUAAAUAAUUUUAAGAAAGCCUUCUCAGGAGCAUAUGGAGUCAAAAUGACGCCAGAGCGCUUGAGAACGUUAUGUGAAUUAGACUGGCCAAAACAAAAUACUGGAUGGCCACCUCAGGGAAGUUUUGAUAUAAAUUUAGCAAGCAAACUUUGGUCUAACAUCACCAAAGAAACUGGAGGGUGCCCAGAACAAUUUUCAUAUAUAGAUUCUUGGCUGAGCACAUUAAAUAAUAAUCCUCCAUGGAUAAGGGAAUGCAAAGUCCAACAAUGCAAAUUAUUGGCAGUAAAAGCCGAAGCUAGAAAAGGAAUCUUGCCAAAUAAACUCAAACCCAUUUUUGAGGGACCAGAGGAAGAGGUGCUUCCACCUCCACCCUAUGCUCCACAUCGAGGGAGCCUAAUCCAAACACUCCACCAGUUGUAACCCCAAGGCAAGAAAGUGGAAGGAAUAAUGGGGCUGGAGUCACAGAGCUUGAUUCCUUGAUAGAUUAUGAUAAAUAUCUUCAGGAGGCAUUGGAGUCCUAUAAUAAAGCCCAAGCAGAAGUGGUUAUUCCACCUGUGAGUCCCAGUAGAACUCCAUCUACAGUCUCCUUUAGUGGAACAACUGAUUGCCCACCCCAAACCCCUGUACAUCCAAGUCCUAGAGAACUAUUACAGGAGUUACAGGGAGACUUUGAUCGGUCAGUAAGCAAUACAGCCAGGCGUAUAAAGCUGUUAAAAGAACGCCUUGGGACAAAUACUAUCCCCUAUGAUUUGAGGCCCCUAAAGCAAAGCGAAGAGAAAGGUCACGUAGUAGCCCCUCUCAGAAGAGUAUUUGAUGCACUUGAGGAGCCUGUGCUGGUUAACGGGCAACUCGGACCACGGCCACCUCGAACUUCGACCCUCCAGUACAUUCCAUUCACAACUACGGAUCUGAUGAAUUGGAAAACACACACCCCGUCUUUCGCAGAAAAACCUCAGGCUAUGAUGGACUUGGUGACUUCAAUAGUAAAUACUCAUAGUCCUACUUGGACAGAUUGCCGCCAGCUCCUGAAUACUCUGUUCACCACUGAGGAAAGAAGAGACAUAAUUGAAAAGGCACAGAUAUAUUUGCGUGAGCAGGCCAGAGUGGGAAAUAUUCUUAAUGUUGACCGUCAUCUCCAGGACAAUUUUCCCUUGGAGGAUCCUAAUUGGGAUCCAAACAAUGCAAUUCACCUGGCCAGGCUUACCACCUACCGCCAGACGCUUGUGCAAGGUAUCCGCAGGGCAUGCCAGAAGCCCACUAAUAUGACUAAAGUCUCAGAAGUAGAACAGAAACCGAAUGAGAGUCCGGGAGACUUUUUAGAGAGGCUGCAGGAAGCCUAUCGUAUAUGGACUCCUUUUGACCCUGAAGCCCCUGCAAACAGCAGAAUGAUUACUGCUACUUUUGUGGCUCAGUGCGCUUCUGACAUUCGUAAGAAAAUUCAGAAGUCAGAAGGAUGGGAAGGGAUGCUGAUGAGCCAAAUUAUGGCCAUUGCACGCCGAGUUUAUCGGAAUAGGGAUGAGGCUGAGAAACAAGAGAAGAAGAAGUGGCAGAAGGAAAAGAUGGUGAUGCUAGCCACAGCAGUGAAGCAAGACUACCGCCCUUUAAAUGGAGGGAGAGGGCGGGGAAGGAAUCCACCACUGGGAAGGAAUCAAUGUGCGAAUUGCAAGAAGGAGGGUCAUUGGAAGCGGGAGUGUCCUGAACCCCUGAGGUUGGAAGAAGUACGCCCAGGCCCAGGCCCAGGCUCCGGCCCAAGAAACCAGGGACGGGGACGGGGAAUGAUCCGAGAUGGAAGAUAUCAGAGACCUGGACAAGGACGGAGUAGAGACAAUUUCAUUGGACUGGCAGAGGAGGAUUUUACCCAAGACUAGGAACGACCGGACUCCAUAAAGUUAGGCUUCCAGGAGCCCACGGUCAAAAUUCAAUUAGGGAGCCAUUUAAUAGACUUUAUGAUAGAUACUGGCGCUGAAUACUCAGUACUCCCAGAACUUUUGCAGAAAAAGGCAUCCAAAAGUGUAGUCAUUAAAAGUGCCACUGGUCAGUCAGCUAAGAGGUCUUUCCUCCAACCUUUAGAAUGCCAGAUUGGGGGACAUCAUUUAACCCAUCAGUUUUUGUAUAUACCUGAGUGUCCAAUGCCUCUCUUAGGUAGAGAUAUGCUGUCCAAAUUGCAGGCCCAAAUCACCUUCACUCCUCGAGGUCCAGAAAUGAAACUGCCAUCAAAGGCAGCAGGAAUAAUUUCCCUCUCAGUACCUAAGGAACAAUCAUGGCGCCUAAUGUCAGCCCUGCAAGUCCAACCCACAUUGGAUACAGAAUUAAACAAGCUCCUCCGAACCCUACAAGUGCCACCAGGAGUAUGGGCCGAAAAUAGCCCACCAGGAAUGGCUAAGAAUAUAGCUCCAAUUGUAGUAACCCUAAAACCUAUGGCUACCCCUGUAUCUGUAAAGCAAUAUCCUUUACCCCGGCGAGCAGCAGAAGGCAUCCAGAAACAUUUGGACCGCCUAUUAAAAUAUGGUCUGCUUAAGCCCUGCCAAUCAGAAUGGAACACACCCCUUUUGCCUGUUCGGAAGCCUGGGACAGAUGAAUACAGGCCAGUACAGGACUUGAGGCUCGUAAACCAGGCUAUCGAGACCUUGCACCCAAAUGUACCAAACCCAUAUACCUUGCUGAGUUUGAUCCCACCAGAAGCAACAUUUUUACUGUAUUGGACUUGAAAGAUGCAUUCUUCUGUUGCCGGCUGGCACCACAGAGCCAACCUAUAUUUGCCUUCCAGUGGGAAGACCCUUUGACAGGAACAAAAGGCCAGCUAACCUGGACAAGAUUGCCCCAGGGAUUCAAAAAUUCCCCAACUUUAUUUGGCACUGCCUUGGCGAAGGAUCUAACAAGUUACCCCUCAAUACCUGGAAAAAAGGUGGUUCUGCAAUAUGUAGAUGACCUUAUACUAGCGGCAAAGGAUUUUGAUACCUGUAAAGAAGGGACAGAGGAACUGCUCCACUUGCUCUGGGAAGCUGGCUACCGAGUUUCCCAGAAAAAGGCACAGUUAUGUUUAGAAAAGGUCAAAUAUUUGGGCUUUGACAUCUCACACCAACAACGAGCAUUGAGACCAGAGAGGAAAGAAGCUAUUUGCCUUAUCAAGGAACCUACCACAAGGAAACAACUCAGAGGAUUCCUGGGAACAGCAGGGUUUUGUAGACUAUGGAUACCUGAUUUCAGCAGUCUGGCCAAGCCCUUACAUGAAAGCACUCGAGGUGCAGAAAAGGACCCAUUCGUAUGGGGACCUGAGCAGCAACAAGCCUUUUUAGUUAUCAAACAACGACUUAUGGAGGCCCCAGCCCUGGGACUGCCUAAUUCGGAAAAACCCUUUCAGCUGUAUGUACAUGAACAGAAUGGGAUUGCAGCAGCAGUCCUGACCCAGAGAUUAGGAAGUUGGAACCGUCCAGUAGCUUAUUUGUCAAAACAAUUGGACUCAGUAGCAAAAGGAUGGCCUCCAUGCCUAAGGGCAGUAGCGGCCACUGCAAGCCUUGUCAAAGAAGCUGAUAAAUUUACCUUUGGCCAGACGAUGUAUGUGAAUGUACCUCAUGCUGUUCUGACACUCAUGGAAUAUAAGGGUAGUUAUUGGCUAACGAAUCCAAGGAUGGCUAGAUACCAAGGCCUAUUGUGUGAAAAUCCCAGGAUUCAUCUACGAGUAGUGAAUAUGCUCAAUCCAGCAACUUUGCUGCCCCUACCAGAGGUAGAUGAUGAAGAAUCACAUGAUUGUCUCCAAAUAAUGGAUGAAGUGUAUUCCAGUAGACCCGAUCUGAAAGAUGAACCAUUGAAAAAUCCAGAUGUUGUAUAUUAUACUGAUGGUAGCAGUUACCUGCAUGAAGGUGCCAGACGAGCAGGAUAUGCUGUGGUCACCAAUGAGGAAGUUGUGGAAGCUGAAGCUUUGCCUGCUGGCACCUCAGCACAAAAGGCUGAACUUAUAGGUUUAACUAGAGCUCUGCAAUUGGCAGCCGGAUGUAAGGCAAACAUCUAUACUGAUUCUAAAUAUGCCUUCUUAACCCUGCAUGCACAUGGAGCUCUAUGGAAAGAAAGAGGUCUAAUCGGAGCCCAUGGGAAGGCCUUGAAAUAUGGACCUGAAGUAGAAAUCCUGUUGGAAGCAGUAUGGGCUCCAGAACAGAUUGCUGUAAUGCACUGCAAAGGUCAUGGACGUGGAAGGGAUCCAAUAACCAGAGGAAAUCAUGCUGCUGACAAAGCAGCCCGAGAGGCAGCCCAGAAGCCUGUGGGAGGAUUUAUAGCAGCCCUCAUACCAGAGGUAGUUCCAGAAGAAAUUAAACCUCACUAUACCCCAGAAGAGAGGAAGUGGGCUGAACAGGAAGGAGCGGUUGUGAAGGACGGUUGGAUGAUCCUGCCGGACAAUAGGAUUUAUGUACCUCAUCACCUAGCAGGCACAAUUGUAAGAAAUUAUCAUGAAUCUACUCACCUUGGCGGUACUGCAACCAGAGAGAGUCUCAGUCGGAAGUUGUAUAUUAUUAACCUAUCACAAUUAGCAACUUGCAUUUCACAGAAAUGUGUUCUUUGUGCUAAAAACAAUCCCAGGCAGGGACCGGUACAACCUCCUGGAAUCCAACAUGUGGGAUACGUCCCCAUGGAAAGCCUAAUUGUGGACUUCACAGAGCUGGUCCCUUCUAAGGGAUUCAAGUACCUCCUUGUGUUUGUAGAUACCCUUACCGGAUGGGUUGAAGCUUUUCCCACCAGGACUGAAAAGGCACGAGAGGUAACUAAGAGACUCCUCACUGAAUUGAUCCCGAGGUUUGGAUUACCUAGAUGCAUUGGAAGUGAUAAUGGGCCAGCGUUCAUUGAUCAAGUAGUACAAGAAGUAUGUCGAGUCCUACAAGUGAAAUGGAGACUGCAUGCAGCAUAUAGGCCUCAAAGUUCGGGGAAACUGAAAGAAUGAAUCGGACUCUGAAAACCCAAUUGGCAAAAUUAACCCAGGAAACAGGAUUGGGAUGGGUAGAUGUGUUACCCAUAACACUGUUUCGUGUUCGGUGUGCACCCACAAAAAGACUUAAGUUGUCACCUUUUGAGCUCCUGUAUGGGAGGCCACCCUCCUUUGUUCAGGAUAUUCCAGCUGACCUCAAACAAAUAGGAGACCAUGUGACACAGGGACAAGUGCAAUCUCUCUCCCGUGUUUUUGUUUCUCUUAACAGGUGGGCCCUCGAGCGCACGCCGUGCAGCAUUGCCGAGCCGAUUCAUCAGUUCCAGGCUGGCGAUAGCGUAUGGGUGAAAGAGUGGAAACGUGAUCCACUUGCACCUAAGUGGCGUGGGCCUUACACCGUCUUGCUCUCUACUCCAACAGCGGUGAAGGUAGCUGAGGUGACCCCUGGAUUCAUCACUCCCGUUUGAAGAAGUCCGAAGGCAGUUGGACGUGCAAAGGUGACCCCUCUAAUCCUUUUAAACUGACUCUCUCCAAAAACCCCUGUAUCUAGCCCUACGGGGAACGGGCUAGGUCACGGGCAACAUUAGACGACCGGCCUGCUGCAGCCACAACCUGGAAGCUGGCUGACCUGCGCACGCCUGAAGCUUGAGGAGCGUCUGAACCAGCGAUUGUGAACAGGAAGAUUCUCUUAUACAAUUGAUUGACUGCCCCCCCCCUGUGGAACAAUUAUCAGGGAUAUUACUCAUUGGGGAUCCUCGGGAUAUAUGUUUUGGUCUUGGUGGUUCCCCAUUUCUGUCAUUGGGUGAAUUAUAUUGGGCCUAAUAAUUUUUUGUUAUCACAAUAAGGUAAUCUUUUGUGGAAGAAAUGCAUAUACUAGACAUCAACAUGAUUUUAUUAUUAAUCCUGAUCCCUUGGGAAGGGGAAGGGUCCUUGAAUCUGACCAAAUUUGCUAAAUAUGGAUUCCGCCAUGACCACAAUAUGUGGGUAGGCUUAGCUGAGAUGGUAGCCAAUGUUACAAAUAGGACCAAUUGCCUUGUUUGCUCUCUUGGACCAGAUGAUUCAGAGGGAGGUAUGCCCUUAUUACCGAUACCAUUAAAUGCCAUUGGUAUGGUAAGCGAAAUGCCACACCAAACAGAAGUACAGAAUUUCCCGGAUGGAACUCAACUAAACCAAUACGAGUUAUACCUGUGCAAGGGAAUUCUGUGUACAUAAAUUAUCAGCUGCAGCUGAUUCUAUCAUGAUAGGCUCUUCUCAUUGCCACUAUACUUGGGAUUAUAUUAAGAAUAGUCAAACCUGGGCAAACGGUACUACCUAUCGAACUCGGAAUACCUUGCCCUGUGCACCUCCUUUUAUUCAUGCAUGGAAACUGGUGUGGAACAUAACUGUGACAGAAAAAGGCAAUCUAACAUACUGCACUGUGAACUCUAUGCCCCUUUUGAUAUUUCGCCUUAUGCACUCCACGUACCAAAAACCUCAGACCCGAUGGUUGUGGUGGAUAUGUGGAGAAUGGGCAUACAAGCAACUCCCUCCCAAAUGGAGUGGGACUUGUUUCCUGGGAUGGGUAUUACCACCAAUGUGGAUUAUGCCCACUAGUUCGGCAAAGCGUACACGAAGAAAUGCUGAUAUUUCUCAUAUAGCAGGAGGAAGUACCCAAAGUUGGAGUGAUACUGAUGAUUGGCCACCAGAGCGCAUUAUAGCCUAUUAUGAGCCUGCCUCCUGGAAUCCUGAUGAGCUCAUACAAGGGGCACGGGAUCCUAUUUAUAAUCUAAACAGAAUAAUUCGAUUGCAAGCAGUAGUGGAACUUGUAACCAAUGCAACGGCCCAGAGUUUGAGACUUAUUGCACAACAGUUGGAUGAAAGUAGAGCCGCCAUUUUGCAGCUGAAAAUGGGAAUGGAUUAUGUACUUGCCAGGCAGGGAGGCCUAUGUGGAGUCUUAAACUUGACAGGGAAUGCCUGUUGCUUUAACAUUUCUGAUAAUGGUGAGGCAAUCCGUGUGUUGGCCACAAAGAUGGAGAGUAUAGCACAUGUCCCAGUACAAAUAUGGGAAGGAUGGGAUAUGGGAUGGCUCACCAAUUGGUUACCUAAUGUUGCGGGACUCAAAGGGAUACUAUUGUCUUGCUUGUUUUUCUUGACGGUAGUAGUAAUGGUUUUAUGUACGGUGCCAUGUAUCAUUUCAUGUUUUAGAAGUACAAUUAGCAAGAUGAUUUCAAAUGAAACUUUACCUCAUAUUAUGGCCCUAUACAGAGCUUUACCUCAGGAAUAUGAUGAAGGUCAAGCUAUCAAGGACACUUGGGAUGAAGGUCCUUGAGCUUGAAAGGGGGGAAUGAGGCAUCUGAUCAAGAUCUGCUUUGAGCUUAAAAAAAUAUAUUUGUAGAUAUUUUUAUCUCUCAUGCAAGGGAGAAGAGCAGCUGAAUACUCUGGCAGCUGUUCAAGGGGCCCCACUGCUAUAAAUAAAAGUAUUUCAAGGUUGUAAAAGGAAAUUAGAGCCAGAGAGCAAAAGGUCACACUGACCAGAAUACAAUCAAGCUGUAAAAACACAAUUAAGAACUGGUAAAUAGUGAAAUUUAUUGUUUAACAGAAGACUCGAGCCAUAAGGUUAAAGGUUAAAUGGAAGAGGUUGCUCUUAGAAACAGCUGCUGGAUAGGGAAAAAGGUUUCUUUAUAGAACUUAGGAACUUAGCUUUCACUAAGUUCCUUCUAAUUUGAAAAGGCCUUUCCUUCUAAAAAUCUAUCUAUGUUAUGUAUGAAAUAUAUUGGCUUAAAUGUAAUUAUGCAAAGGAUUUAGAAAGUAAGAAAUGUUAGAUUCUUAUGUUAGAUUCCUAUUAUGGUGGGUGAGAAUGUGAACUCAAGAUCUCUUUAAGAUAAAAAAAUUAGAAACCAUGCACCAUCUGCUUUAGCCAUCUGGUUUGCGGUGAAUAGGGCAACAGGGGCCAAAGGUUAUCUGGUAAUUGAGGUGCCUGGUCGAGGUAAAUGUAAGAUAUAUGGCUACUUGUCUGCCAUUUAUGGAUACAAGGAAAUAUAGCUUUUUGUCUCCCAUAAAGGGAAUAGGAAAUGGGUGUAUCUUUUAUGAUUGGUUCUAGCAAACAACCAAUAGGAAUUUCAACCAGGCUGAUUGGACAGAGGCAGCCAAAGGAGGAGCAAGGGGGCUGGGCUGAGGAAAUAUAAGUGCUGGCCAUCAGGGCUGGAGUAGGCAGAGCUUUGGUAUCCAUAUACCACUGUGUCUCUCAUUUAUUUGUCUGACAAAUAAAUUAUUAUUUUAAUUUCUCUAUUGCUGCGUUGAAUAUUUCAUUCCAGCUAAGCGUUAACCACAAGCAGGGUGCUACAAGACUGCACGAACACCCCGCUUGUUAAAUUUCCUCAGUCCUUCCCCUUUCCUGCAGGUCUUCAGAGCUCUGAAAUAGUAGGGGACAUGGUGGCUUAACAAUCAGCCCCUCUCCCCAUGGAGCUCUGGGAAUUAUAGCUGUGUGAAGGGAAUAGGGGCUUUCCUAACAACUAACUACAGCUCCCAGGAUGCUCUGAGGGCAGCCACGAUUGUUUAAAGUGGGAUGAUACUGCUUUAAAUGUGUACCAGAUGUCAAAGAGAACAACUACCAGACUUAUAAGAAGACAUCUGAAGGCAGCCCUGUUUUGGGAAGCUUUUAAUGUUUGAUGCAUUACUGCAUUUUGAUAUUUUGUUGGAAGCUGCCCAGAGUGGCUGGGGAAGGCCAGCCAGAUGGGCGGGGUAUAAAUAAUAAAUUAUUAUUAUUAUUAUUAUUAUUAUUAUUAUUAUUAUUAUUACUGCAGAUGGGUGGGGUCUUACUAGGCUGGCUCUGUCAGCUGUGAUAGAAAGAGCAGCACUAUAUGAAAAAACAGAAGUGGGGGACUGUAUACUUGAGAGAAAGGAUAUAUACUUGUUUUACUUGUAGGCAGCCUCAGGUUUUUCUCAUGGGACCUGCAUGCUUUCAGUUGGGGGGGGGGGUUGGUCUGAUCUUUGUUAACGCUGUGUAGAGCCAAAGGAAAACGACAUACACCGAAAGCUGUAAUGCCUGGUACAAGUGCGUCCAGGUUUAAAUAGUUCAGCUAAGAAUCUAAGCACUUGAAGUGUGAUGGGUUUUUUCAUCAUCAGGUUGAGAAACUCUUGAGUGUGAUUCAUUGCCCGUGAGCUUGUCUUCUGCAGUGCAGCUGGCUCACCUGACGUUUUCCCAUUUCAUUUUUCAAAACCGGGAUUUGCACUUUCUGAAGACUGUGCUACCAACACAAUUAAUCAUAAUGGCUGUGAAACAGAAAUAGCAAAUGGUAGCUGUGCAAUAUCUCAGGUGUUUAUAGUUCUAAACCUAAUUGAGUUUUUUGAAACAAGCAAGCAAACAAACAAAUGUAAACCCUGAAGGUGAGGCUGAAAAGAAUAUCGAAAAGCAACCUUUGAAAGACCUGUGUGAAAAUGUGAUGAAUUUGCAAAUAAAUGGACUACUGCUGUGAGAUUGGUGCUUCCAGAAGACCUGCUUACUGAGCAUUCAUCUUGAUUUGUUUGUAGGGAGAUUAGACGGCAUUGGCUUUUAAGGAACAUUAAUUUGGAUUUGUUUGCAGGGAGGAUGAAUGACAUUGGGUAUGGCGCAAGUGAAAUUGGUGGCACGAGAUCGAAUCCAACCCCAAAAUACUGAUGGCCUAGAAGCAGCCCUAAGCCAUGGUCCCAUCAGUGCGAGGAUUUCCACUUCCCCCUUCCUCUGCACCCCCCAAAUCUAUUCUAGGGGGUCCCCCAACUCUUCAGAGCAAAUCUGAGGAGGCACACAAGGAGGAAGGAGGAAGGGGAAAGUCCAACUGCAGAAAUGGAAAUCCUCGUGCCAGCAGGAUGUGUUAGUUAGAUAGCACUCACUGCUUUUCGGUAGCAUCUUGUUUCUAAUUAAAAUGGUGGCCCAAAUCCCUUGAACUUCAAAUGACCUCGGAUUGCAGCCAAGUUCCUUCUCUGUCCCAAUAAUUUUUUUGCAGCAAUGCAACUUCAUCAUAUUUGUGCAUGAGGAUCAAUAGACAUCACCCCUACACACUGAUAGCUCUGCUCUCUGUCACUUGGAAACGAAACGUAUCAGCUCCAAACCACAUGGUCAUCAUUCCGGCAUGUUCUGAUAUGAUACUGAGAGAGGCUUGUCCUUCUUUUCUGUCAGCCUUCUCACCGACACUCUCUUAA